GUGAUAAUAAACUUGAACUGGACCUCCCAUCAACAAUCAUUGGUACAUUGAGACAAAAAAGACCACGUUCAUCCUUCCUCUCCAUCAUUUUCGACCAAGACAUCCGAAAAAGAGAGAGCUCUGAAAAUAUCAUCUUCCAUAGCCGAAUUCGAGCUCAAGCUCAAACAGGUCACAAAACGGAGUUCAAGGAAGAAAAAGGAAGGAAAAGUGUGGAGGAUUUAAGUGGAAGGAGAAGACAAAAAAAGAAAAGAAGAAGAACAAGAAGAAUAAGAAGAAGGGUAAAGGAGGUGACCUCUCAUGGUGAAACAACGACAGCGGCAAAGGGAGGAGCAAAAGAAAAAGAUGAAGAAACUUACUUGGAUAGAGAUAUCCAUCGAUCGCUAGCGACAUUGAUCGCACCCAGCGAAUCGAUGCACCAUCAAUUAAGAAGGGUCUUUUUGUCCAAAUACAAAUAAUUAGUCAUAUUAAGGGAAUUUAAAACAUCAUGUCCUAUUUUUGCAAUUCUAUCUUCCUUUAAUCCUAUUCAGGGAAUUCGC